GCCAAUCACAGCGGCCUUUUACCACGUGAUCAGCGGUGUCCAAUGACACGCUGAUCACAGGGAAAUGCAAGUGCCGGUUCUCGGCUGCACUUUCCUCACGCUGUGCCCAGCAGUGCCACCCGCAAGUUCCGCCCACCUGUGCCCAGCAGUGCGCCCACUAGCUCCGCCCACCUGUGCCCAGCAGAUCACCUGUGCCACUCUGCAGUGUCACCUGUGCCCACCAGUGCCACCCACCUGUGCCCACCAGUGCCACCCACCUGUGCCCACCAGUGCCACCCACCAGUGCCACCCACCAGUGCAGCCCAGCAGUGCUGCCAGUCAGUGCCACCAGUCAGUGCCCAGCGGUUGUGCCAGUCAGUGCCACCAGUCAGUGCCCUGCAGUGAUGCCAGUCAGUGCCCUCUAUCAGUACCCAUCAUCAGUGUCACCUAUCAGUGCCGCCUAUCAGUG